AUUCAGUGACCUAACGAGUGUGCAUUUGAGGGGUAGAUCGGGAAUUGGAACUCUUUCGUAAGUUCUGGAAUCUACACCACCCCAUCUACGCUCUAAACUCCGAUCCCUAACUUAACCUAACCAGACAUCUUCCUCGCCUCUGCCAGGCACAUCGUCCUACGCCACACAAACACCACACAGAUCGUUCCUUCACAUCUUACCCUAAUUUGAUUAUUCCCCAAUUUCAUCGAACCAAUAAAUUAUAUAUAAAUAUAUUUUUAUUUUUAUUUUUUGAUGCCGAUAAAAAAUGCCGCCAAAGCAGCAAUCAAAAGCUGAUUUAGCGAAGAAGCAGAAGAUUGUAGAGGACAAAACCUUCGGUCUCAAGAACAAGAACAAGAGUAAAAACGUCCAGAAGUAUGUUCAGAAUCUCAAGCAAUCCGUGCAGCCAAGGCCCGAUACCGCCAAAGUCGAUGCCAAGAAAAAGAAGGAGGAGGAGAAGGCCAAGGAGAAGGAGCUAAAUGAUUUGUUCAAAAUCGCUGUUACUCAACCCAAAGUGCCUGUUGGUGUUGAUCCCAAGUCCAUAUUAUGUGAGUUUUAUAAAGUGGGGCAGUGUGCCAAGGGCUUCAAAUGCAAGUUCUCGCAUGAUUUGAAUGUUCAGAGGAAAGGGGAGAAGAUUGACAUUUACAGUGAUAAGCGUGACCAGGAAACAAUGGAGGAUUGGGAUCAAGAGACCUUGGAGAAGGUGGUGGAGUCAAAGAAAACUGAGUAUAAUCAGAAUAAACCAACUGACAUAGUCUGUAAAUACUUUUUGGAUGCAGUAGAAAAGAAGCAAUAUGGUUGGUUUUGGGUCUGCCCCAAUGGUGGUAAGAAUUGCCAUUAUAGACAUGCUCUUCCACCUGGUUAUGUUUUGAAAUCUCAAAUGAAGGCUUUGUUAGAGGAAGAAAGUGAAAAAAUAUCAAUUGAAGAGGAGAUUGAAAAUCAGCGUGCCAAAGUGGCAACUACAACUCCUAUGACUCCUGAGUUAUUCUUUGAGUGGAAGAAGAAGAAGAUAGAAGAGAGAGAUGCCAAUAUAGCUGCACAACAGGCUGAGAGGGCUAAGAAUGAUCGCAUGAGUGGUCGGGAGCUAUUUUUGUCAAAUGCUAGCUUGUUUGUGGAUGAUGCAGAAGCAUAUGACGUGUACCAGAGAGAACCAGAAUCUUAUGAAACUGAAGAGAAUGGGAGUAGGAAUGCUGCAGAAGAUGGUCCCAGCUCCUCAGCAACAGCCGCUGCUGAUGGUGAUUAUCUUGAUGACAUAGAUGACGAUGACGAGUUGGACAUGGAUGAGUUAGAAGAAUUGGAAGCAAGCUUAUCCAAGACAUCAAUCCUAAUAAAGGAAACAGGAGCUGAAGCUUAAUCCUGAGAGUUUGUCGCAAUCUUCAUGUGAUAUUUUUAUGCCUCUGCUGAACAAUAGAGCAUUUGCCUGUAGCCACUCGCUCUCCUUGCUUUCAUGGAAGGUUUUUGAAUGAAGGCUGUGGAGAUAAUGAAAUUACUAUUUGCUGCAUCGCAUUUGGUAUGAAUAGUGGCUGUUUGGUAUAAUCCACUUUCCUUUUUUGUUAGAUCUCUUAUUGGACCUUAGACAGACAUUUUUGUUGUUUGAAAUAAGUAGUCUUGUGCAGACUGUACCUGAUUUGUACAUGAGUUUCCUUAUGUCGAAAAGGUGUCUUUAGUUGUUGUCGCGCUUGUGAUUUUCUUGAAACCAUCAAAGCAUAAAGUGGUAUUUGUUAUGUUAUGAAUGCUAUAGCUAGAUACCUUGGGGCUUUA